CUCUUUGGGGCGGACAGGCUACAUCUUUCUCAACUGCUUUUUGGCACUUAUGCUUUCAGCGGCCGUCGUGAUCCCGUCGGCAUUUCGUGAGCGAAAAACUUUGUUUGAGCACCGGUCAGCCGAGUCUUUUCCUGACCCCGGGUGGCUUACCUAGCGGAAGUACUCUCGGAUGCUCCUUUGAGCAUUAUCGAGGCGAUAGUUCUGACCUCGGUUUCCUACUAUUGGGCCGACAUGAACCCCGACCCAAGUCAUUUCUUAUACUUCUUGGGCACUCUGAUUGCCCUAGAAGCUGUGGGGCAAUCCCUUUCACGAGCCCUAUGUGCUUUGAUUCGGAAACUAGUCACUGCCAGUGCUCUCUCAUCUGUGAUCAUUCUUACCUUCGGAACCGUGGCAGGCUUCAUGCCAAGCUACGAAUCUAUACCUAACGUACUCCGGUGGCUUCCCUGGGUCACACCAGUUUCCUACGCGUUUGAAGGCCUCAUGAUCAACGAAUUUUCUCGCCGCACUUUGUCCGCGUUACCAUGAUCGGAAGCAACGGCGAUGUUGAAAUUGGAACUCUGGCUGGAGAAACGUGGAUUGGGAAUUUGUCAUUGCCGAGAGAGAGCUUUAGUAGUCAUCGUUCCUUCAAGAUUGUUAAUAUUUUUAUGCUGUUUGUCUUCGCGCUUGUAUACGAUUUUAUCGGCUUUUUCUACAUCGAACGCACGCGAGAAUGGACUCACAACGAAAUUUGUCGGCCCCACGCCAAACGGUGCGGGCAAGACUACUUUAUUGCCGUCUUGUUCAGAGAGACAGUAUCGGGCUUGUAUUCGAGGUUUUCAUACGGACUAGGUCUAUUGAUUACCGAUAUUCCUUAUCAUAUACUGAACACAUUUCUUAUUUGGGUCUUCUUUUAUUUCUUGGUCGACUUUCGAAUGGAUGGAGAAAGUAUGGGGUACUUCUUGAUAGUGCUCUUUCUGGCAAAUAGGGUCAUAAGAGCGAUGCCAGAUGGUUGGGUAUGGGCGAAUCUGUUUCAUCACGUCCUACAAGGACUGGUCACAAACGAAAUUUCGGGCAAGCUGUACUCCUUUGAUCUAGGAUUGGAUUUGAAGCCACCACUUCUGAAUGCCACGAACGUGGUUGUAUUUGAUCGCGGCAUUGAUCCUAGCGACUCGAUUCCUCGUCAAGUCUCUAGCCUCUUGACUCUCACAAUUCUGGCUGGCGGCGGAAUUAAUCCGUCAUCGUCAAUCGGCCUACUACCCUGGGUGCAAUGCAAUAUCGUGAACGAAUUUUCGAGCCUGGAUGUGGAAUCCAUUGGGCAACGUUUCCCUUCUAACGUCGGGAUGGACACCAGGCAAAACCCAUUUGGCGUAACGGCUACUGGAGUUCCGGACGGUUUUAAUGAGGAUCAAUUGAUUCGUCUUCUAAAUGCAGAUCAGUUAGAACCGACAAUUUGCUUGCUACAGGCCGUGCUACCCACCGUUGAGCGGCUUUUCGGUGUUGUGGCUUUUGUCCUCGACAUUUUCCAGAGCGGCCUGGCCAUCCCUGGGGAUCUGAUUUUGUUCUUCUUUGGAUGGGCCGGGUCUAAGGCAGAGGAGGGCAUUGUUGCUCCUUGGAAAUGGCACUACUGCUUGACUGCAGUUGCGGUGUUUUGGGGCAAUUGAGAUGCUCAAACUAUUUUGCGUGCAAUUCAUUGUAUGGACAAAACAAUUGUGGCUUGGUGGCAGUUUGCUCCUUGGGUGUGAAUACUGGUGGCACAAUUUGUGAUCAGAAGAAAAAUAUCGAUAUUCCGGAAAUCUCACAAAAAUGUAUUUGUCAGCGUUUAACACACGCAAUUAUGUAUUGUUUCCGCACUUUGUCAAAUAUUUGAUGCCACUGCCGCACAGAUUUCCUCUAUCAAUCCAACGUGUUGUGACAAAAAGCUUUGCGUCGAACCACGGGACCAUUGAUUCGCGCAGUGCUGCGCAACACUCUGGGGAGUGCGUUUCGACGACACAUCAAGAAUUGCGGGUUCUCGAAACAAAAUAGAAUCCGUCGUCGAGGACACAACAUCUUCAGCAAGACACUGUUUGCGAAAAACUUCGUUUGAUGUAGCCUUAUACACAAUUUCGCAGCGCUCGACCAAUGCACAAAUCUUUUCGACCUCUUCGGUGUCCACGCGACUCCAGUAACGUAAAUUGGAAGAGUUGUACAAAGAUAGGAGUUCAUCCAAUCGACGGCCCAUCCCAUCCUGCGCUUGCUGGAGCUCGACCAGGGCACUUCUUAGCCCGGCCAGCAUGCGUUCGUGUUGUGUCAGAUCGUGGGAUAAAGCCAGUUCCAAGUCAGUACGCGUCAGACGUGUUCCAGUCUUCCGGCGAUACCCAUUGCCCUUCCAAGGAGGUUCUGCCACUCCAUAGCGUUGUCUCUCUUCUUGAGCUUGUUUCAAUGUGCGUAAAUCCCGACUGAUCAAGUAGACACGAUCCCGCAAAUUGGCAAUCGAAUGGAUAACCGCCGACGCGUGAUCGUCGGCCGACAACCAAUCAUUAACCAGUACCUGAUCCAACGCAUUUCCAAUCGACUUGUACUGUCGAACAACUUUUCCCAACGCUACCUGCUCGUUCCGUGUACGAUGCUCUUCUAUAUCCUUCUUUUUCUGUACACUAGUACCAAGUUCAUCUGCCUUUCCAACACUCACGUGCGUUUUACCUCGUAACAUGUAUUCUUGAAAGGCCCGCUGCACAGCGUCCCCAUCGUCCUCCUCACGGUCUCGACUCAUGAUGGCGGUUAGUUAGACUGUGGCGGAGAGGACGUCGAUGACACAGCCGCUACAGAUUUCGCUCUGGCCUGUUCUUGUUCGCGUUCCGUUUUGCGGAUUUGUUCUUCGCCGGAGCGGAUCACUUCGGGACGAUCGGACGAGAACAAAUCGUGACCCAGCCUGCCUUCGCUUGUUUCAAAAACCGGAAUGCUCAACAAACCCAUAACAAUUCCGGCUGCCGCCAGAGACUUCACUGCUGGACUACCAGGCAAUUUCUUCAACAAGGCGUCCAUACGAAGCAGCCUCUAGAGGGGAACUCGAGGGAAUGGAUCACUGCUUGUACGACCGAAUCAAUCAACGUGUGCACGUAGAAGCCGCGGUGGUUCGUUACAAUCAGGCUUUAAAACGCAACAAAGGAUGACUAGGUAGGUCGUUGCCGUACACCAACGUGUAGAUCUGAUCGGAAUUCUUUACGGAAUGUAUGGACGUUUCCGCAAACACACCAGUGCGAGUAUUCGCAAUGGAAUGACCGAGGGACCACUGACUCGUGAGGAGGGACGGAAU